CGGAAAGGCUCCGGUGGUUUCCAGCUCCGGUUCGCGGUGCCCUUGGGUCCGUCGGGGGUCGAUGGCGGCGUCGGUUCUGUUGCGAGCGGGGCUGGGGGGGCCCCGCGGGGCUCAGAUGGCUCUCCUGGGCAGGACCCUGCUCCGCCGUCCCGCUGCCUUGGUGACCGUCGUGGAUCGGAGCGUUCCGGCCCGGCCAAGCCACAGCUCUGCCCCGCAGGGACACGGGGGUUCCAAGGCUGCAUCUUUGCACUGGACAGGUGAGCGAGCUGUCAGUGUCCUCUUGCUGGGUCUCCUUCCUGCAGCCUACCUGUAUCCCGGGCCAGCCAUGGACUAUUCCCUGGCUGCAGCACUCACUCUCCAUGGCCACUGGGGUCUUGGACAGGUAAUAACUGACUAUGUCCAUGGAGAUACACCCAUUAAACUGGCCAACACAGGUCUGUACAUCCUGUCAGCUGUUACCUUUGCUGGCCUCUGCUACUUCAACUAUAAUGAUGUUGGUAUCUGCAAGGCUGUUGCCAUGCUCUGGAGCCUCUGAGAUGCGACCAAGUUCCUGACAAACAUGAUUGUUCACUGCUGCCUCUGCUUCAUGUUUGUACCAACGUGUUGAAUGCAAAACAGAUUAAUAACCAAGGGUCCAUAUUAUGUACUUACUGCAGCAAGUUCAGAGAUAGUCUUUUAGAAAGAAGUGUCAGUAGAAAUGUUAGAAAAAGGGGAUUUAAAAUGGAUAAUAUCCAGACAAGAGUGAGUUGAUUUAAGUUGCAGUGUAAAUUACAUCAGUGACAAAUAGCUGAAGGCAGCUUUCCUCAUCACAGCAGCUUUAAUGAAUGUUUUUCUAAAAUAAUUGUUGUUUGGUUUCUCAUUUUGUAAAUCAAACUUGACUUGGAGAAAAUGGAAUUCUUAUUUCUGACGACACAACAACUGAACUGUAUGUAAGGCACACCCUGUAACUCUGGACCCUGAGACUUGAUGCAGAAAAGGGAAUCCUUUUUUUCGUAAUCCAUACAAUAAAGAAUUUGCAGAAA